GCUGUUCAUUUCAGCACCACAAACCAGCUUCUGAGAGCAGAAAGAAGAUGCUUCUGAAGAUGUGAGAGUUUUGGAGCUUGAUUUGGAAAGGCACUUGUUUGACGUUAUUGCAUCUCCUUAUAUCACCUGUUACCAGUCACAUGACAUGUACGCCAGACAUUUUUGCCCCAUGAGAAAUUCCUGUGGUCACACUCUAAAUGGUCAGAAUGCACAACUUCAGCUUUGAAAUGGGCAUGGAUGUUACCGUCCGUCUGCUGCCCCAUUAGUCCUUAAUCCCACCACCUGGAAUUUUUGGACCUACAUUUCCUCACAUUGUCCCCAACGUCCCUGUGGAUAUGGAUCUUGUACGCAUAAGUCGGACUCAAUACCAGCUCCUCCUCUUCCUCUGCUACUGGUUGCCAGUCUCCCUCCAGCGGGUGGAGACACCGACAGUUGAGUAUGCCCACUCUAUCCGUCUAGAUGGCGACAUCAUCCUGGGUGGCCUGUUUCCGGUUCACGCCCGGGGUGAGCGUGGCGUUCCCUGUGGGGAGUUAAAGAAGGAGAAGGGUAUUCACAGACUGGAGGCAAUGCUGUUUGCCAUUGACCUCAUCAACAAAGACCCAGAGCUGCUGCCCAACGUGACGCUGGGGGCCCGUAUCCUGGACACCUGCUCGCGGGACACCUACGCCCUGGAGCAGUCGCUUACCUUUGUACAAGCUCUCAUUGAGCGUGAUGGUUCGGAUGUACGCUGUGCCAAUGGAGACCAGCCCAUAUUUGCCAAGCCAGAUAAAAUCGUUGGAGUCAUUGGUGCGGCUGCCAGCUCUGUCUCCAUCAUGGUUGCCAACAUCUUGAGGCUUUUUAAGAUUCCUCAGAUCAGCUAUGCAUCCACAGCUCCGGAGCUAAGCGAUAACACCCGCUACGACUUUUUUUCCCGCGUCGUUCCGCCGGAUUCCUACCAGGCCCAGGCCAUGCUGGAUAUUGUCACGGCGAUGGGCUGGAACUACGUCUCCACACUGGCUUCUGAAGGGAACUACGGGGAAAGCGGUGUGGAAGCGUUCGUGCAGAUCUCCAGGGAGAUGGGUGGCGUGUGUAUCGCACAGUCUCUGAAGAUCCCUCGGGAGCCGAGGCCUGGGGAAUUCGACAAGAUCAUCCGCCGCCUCCUGGAGACCCCCCACGCCCGGGCCGUCAUCAUGUUCGCAAACGAGGACGAUAUCAGACGAGUGCUGGAUGCUGCCAAGAGGAGCAACCAGACGGGUCAUUUCCUGUGGGUGGGGUCUGACAGCUGGGGCUCCAAGAUCUCACCGGUCAUUCAGCAGGAGAGAGUGGCAGAAGGAGCUGUUACCAUCCUGCCCAAACGCGCCACGGUGGAGGCGUUCGAUCGCUACUUCCGCAGCCGCUCGCUCUCCAAUAACAGAAGAAACGUGUGGUUUGCUGAGUUCUGGGAGGAGAACUUUGGAUGCAAGCUGGGGAUGCAUGGAAAGCGGCCAGGAAGCCUUAAAAAGUGCACUGGUCUGGAGAAGGUGGGCCGUGACUCCAGUUACGAGCAGGAAGGCAAGGUGCAGUUUGUGAUGGAUGCGGUUUAUGCCAUGGCACACGCGCUUCACCGCAUGCACAGGGACUAUUGCUUUGGAUACCCCGGCCUCUGCCCCCGCAUGAGCAAUAUCAAUGGAAAGGAGCUGCUGGGAUACGUCCGGCACGUUAAUUUCAAUGGAAGUGCAGGCACUCCGGUGGUCUUCAAUCAGAACGGAGAUGCGCCAGGGCGAUAUGACAUCUUCCAGUAUCAGAUUACCAACAAAUCGACAGCUGAGUACAAAGUGAUCGGCCAGUGGACAAACAAACUGCAUCUUAAUGUGGAUGCCAUGCGCUGGCGGACUGGCGACCCUACGCUUCCAGUCUCGGUGUGUAGUGUGCCUUGCCAGAUGGGUGAAAGGAAGAAGAUCGUAAAGGGUGUACCUUGUUGCUGGCAUUGUGAGCGAUGCGAAGGCUACCACUUCCAAGCCAGUGUAUUCAGUUGUGAGUUGUGUCCAUACGAGCAGCGCCCAGACCGUAAUCGCACCGGUUGCAUCCCCAUUCCAAUCAUCAAACUCGAAUGGCACUCUGCUUGGGCAGCCAUACCAGUGUUUGUUGCAGUUCUUGGAAUCCUGGCUACAAGUUUUGUGGUGGUCACUUUCGUCCGCUACAAUGACACACCAAUUGUCCGCGCAUCCGGCCGAGAGAUGAGCUACGUGCUUCUGACUGGGAUUUUUUUGUGCUACGCCAUCACCUUCUUGAUGAUCGCAACACCAAGUUUGGCCAUCUGCUCUUUCCGAAGGGUGUUCCUGGGUUUGGGCAUGUGCUUCAGCUAUGCUGCUCUCCUAACAAAGACCAACCGCAUCCACCGCAUCUUUGAGCAAGGCAAGAAGUCGGUGGCUGCACCACGCUUCAUCAGCCCUGCUUCUCAGCUGGUCAUCACCUUCAGCCUGAUCUCGGUGCAGCUUCUCGGUGUGUUUGUGUGGUUUGCCGUCGAUCCGCCGCACACAGUGGUGGACUACGGUGAGCAGCGUACAUCCAACCCGGAGAAGGCUCGUGGGGUUCUCAAGUGUGACAUCUCAGACCUGUCACUCAUCUGUUCGCUGGGCUACAGCAUCCUUUUGAUGGUAACAUGCACUGUUUAUGCCAUCAAGACCCGCGGCGUGCCAGAGACCUUCAACGAGGCCAAGCCAAUUGGAUUUACUAUGUACACUACCUGCAUCAUUUGGCUAGCUUUUAUACCUAUCUUCUUUGGCACCGCACAAUCGGCAGAAAGGAUGUACAUCCAGACCACCACCCUCACCAUCUCUCUCAGCCUCAGCGCGUCUGUGUCUCUGGGGAUGCUCUACAUGCCCAAAGUCUACGUCAUCAUCCUCCACCCGGAGCAGAACGUGCCCAAACGCAAGCGCAGCUUCAAAGCGAUCGUCACUGCCGCCACCAUGUCAGGAAAACUCGUACAGAAGGGAAGCGACCGGCCCAACGGGGAAGUGAAGACUGAGCUUUGUGAGAGCAUGGAGACCAACAAUGUUUAG